AUGGCUUCUGGUAAAAUAAUUAAGCUGGUGUUUUUUGAGCUUCUGGAGUUUGCUGCCUUCUCCAUUCCUACCCUGGUGAUAAUGGAACAGUUUGCUACUUCCUAUCAGAGCACAAAGAGUUCAUCUGACAGAACGCACUAUUGGCUCAUUGUUUCCUGUUCCAUUGCCUAUGUGGCUGUAGUGAGUCUCUUGAUCUGGGUUCCGAUAAAAGUUGUCUUAUACAAGAAACGGCAUCUUUACAAAAAAAUUAUAGGAUGGAGACCUGUGCUGCUGAUGUGUGUGGCGCUCACCACUCUCCCCAGCUUCAGCUUUUCUAUAGCAGUCACCGAGGUUCUAAAGAAUGGCAAUGGGACACUGACUGAUGAAUUCCUACCUGACCUGCCAGUGUCUGUGGUUCUGUUGUCCCUGAUCGUGGUUGACAUUAUUGAGAAACUCAGGAUAUACCCUCUAAGAGGAAGUCAAAAGAGUUAUGAAGACAAUGACAUCAACAUAACUUCUUUGCAACAGAUAAAAACUGUGACAGAACAGGUGGUACAUCGUAAUGGAAAUCCUGCACCUGCCCAGGCAGCCAAGCCCACUAUGAUGUCCCAACCCCACCACCACAUGGCAGCGCUGGUGGGACCCCAGGAGCCCUCCUUUCAGUCUGGAAUCCUGAGGACGAUGUCUCACAGAGAUGUCCGGGCCGAUCUGUUCCUGCGAAGCUUCCUCACAUGGGCGGACACUGUAGAAAUGUUGCGUGUGGCUGGGCACCCAUCCGUGUACAAGUCGGGCUGGCUGUACCCAGUCUACAUAUUCAGUUUCAUCUCUCUCCUGCGGAUGAUCUCCACGCCUAAGAACCCUCUUCUCAAUUCCAUGGGGGUCCUGCUGCAGGAUUUACCGUUUAUUUUUCUGAGACUCAGUUUAAUCAUUGUCCUGGGGACUAUCACACCAGUACUGGGCCUUUGUAAAAAUGUCCUAGUGACUGUCUCCUAUAUUUACUUCAAUUAUGUAACCAAACUCAGGCCUUUCUCUGCCUUUGAAACCUCUCCAUUUUAAGCAGCCAAUGUUAAGAGAAUAAGUCCUCUUGAUUAUGCUUAUAAACAAGAGUUGUAAAGUCUUUCCAGGCAUAAGCUUUUG